AUGUCUGUAGAUCGAUCUCGUGCUCACGUUUCCACCAGCAGUGAUGAAGUCUCUGUGACUUCUCAACAGUGGGGAUCUCCUACAGCCGGUGUAGUUCGUGGUUGGCGUAAAGUAUUAUAUGAACGACAACCAUAUGAAGAUAACUAUGUGGAUCCAGCACAGUUUAUGCAGGAUUUACGACAAAAUGUAAAUUUAAAAACAUAUGAGUAUGGAAAGGUCGUAAUGGAUACAUUUGUGAUUGUACAACAAUUAUCAUUUGUUGUAUUUUUUUUGUUUGUAUUUGCCAUGAUAUUGACAGAACGAUUAAAUGCAUAUGUAUUAUUAUGGAUUAAUGCCACUUUAUUCGCUCUUUCAUUUGUAUUUUAUGUGCAUUUACGACGUCAAUUGGCUUUAGAGUGUGGUGAAAACCCAACACCAUUAAUGCAGCACGUGGUGGAGUUAGGAAGACAAGUUCUUCCUUUAGUUGCGAUAUUAGUAUUACUUUCACCGGCUUUACAAACAUUAACAGUCACUUAUAGUAAUGAUACAAUUGUUGCACUUAGUACCUUUGCCAUGUGUUUACAUGUUUUACGAACAGAUUAUAAUUAUCUUAACUGUUAUACAGAGAAGUAUCAACAAAAUGUAGCUAUUAAUGCAGCUACCUUUGGUACUAUUUUAAUGGCUUCUCGUAUUCAAAGUCCUUUUCAUAGUGGAGCUCUUAUUACCUUUGGUAUUCUCUGCUUUACCCUCUCACCUAUUCCUAGACAUCAUCUUAAACGUACUUCGUUAACUGCACAUGUGGGUUUAACAUUUGCCUUAUGUGGACUUGCGGCGGGUUGUUUAAUACAAAUUCCAAUGUUGGCAGUGUUGUAUUGUUUACUUGUGGUGUUGGUGUCAUUAGUAAUUCCAUGGUGUUUUUUAACAUUGCAUGGAAGUAUGAAAAAACAAAUUAAUGGACCAUGGGAUGAGGCGAAACCCACCAAUAGUGCAGCGGCAGCAGAAUGGGCUAAUGCAGGUUUGCUACGGUAA